ACCAUAACGAGUUUUUAGAUUUCCGGGUGUUAUUGUCUAUUUGAUCCCGCUAACGCCUUCAGAACCAUUUUCGUUGGCGGAGGAAUAUACAAGAAAAGAAUAAACAUGGCCGCCGCUACUAAUACUGACAUCAAGCGGGUUUCUUCAACGAUCUGGUCUGAUAACGUCUCUGGAACCUUCUUGUUUACGUCCGAAUCUGUCGGCGAAGGACAUCCAGAUAAAAUUUGCGAUCAAAUCAGCGAUGCCGUAUUGGAUGCUCACUUAGCCAAGGACCCGUUUGCCCGAGUGUCAUGUCAGGCAGCCGCUAAGACAGGAAUGGUGUUUGUUUGUGGAGACAUCAUUUCCACGGCGGACAUCAACUAUCAGGAGAUUAUACGCAACACCAUUCAGCAUAUUGGUUACGACAGUUCUGCUAAAGGAUUUUGUUAUGAGACAUGCAAUGUUCUGCUUUCUCUCGAGGACCACCAUCUUGAUGAAAUUGUUCACCGUGACAAUGAUGACAACCUGCCUGCCAAAGAUUCAGGCAUGGUGUUUGGAUACGCCACUGAUGAGACGGAGGAAUGUAUACCACUGACCGCAUUACUAUCUCAUAAACUCAAUGCCAAGCUUGCCGAGCUCCGCAGAAAUGGAGAAUUGAGCUGGGCCAGACCUGACUCAAAGACUCAGGUGACGAUAGAGUACGAGUCAGACCGCGGGGCGAUGAUUCCUCUCCGGAUACACACGGUGGUCAUAUCGAUUCAGCAUGACGAGGUGGUGACCCUGGAACAACUGCGCAAAGACCUCAUGACGAAGGUCAUUCGUACCGUGAUCCCUGCCAAAUAUCUCGAUAAUGAAACAGUUUAUCACUUGCAGCCGUCUGGACGGUUUAUCAUUGGAGGACCUCAGAGUGAUGCAGGAUUGACUGGUCGGAAAAUCAUCGUCGACACUUAUGGUGGCUGGGGUGCUCAUGGUGGGGGUGCUCUGUCGGGGAAGGAUCCAGUUAAAAUCGACCGCUGUGCCUCGUAUGCUGCUCGCUGGGUGGCACUGUCGCUCGUCAAGGCGGGAUUGUGUAGGAGAAUUUUAGUGCAGAUUGCUUAUUCCAUGGGAAUCCCCGAUCCAGUGUCUGUGACAUUGUUUAAUUACGGGACCAGCUCCAAAUCUAGUGCACAACUUCUGGAUAUCGUCAUGGAUAAUUUUGACUUCAGACCCAACAUGAUUGUCAAGUAA